CUCGACUGACUCCUUCCUCUUCCUCAGCUCCCGGCCUCUCCUAUUCCUACGUCGACGCCGAGGCCGGGGCCGAAGCCGCGGCCCCCGACCUCGCCGGCCACACGUACGUACAAUGACCUCCAAUUCCAACACCAAGCAGCCGCCGCCACCCACGCGCCAUCUCCACAUCACAACCCCCAACCCAACUUCUUCGUCGGCCACCACCUCGUCCCAUUCCUCCCGUUCCCCACGCGUCUCCACCACCGCCGGCGGCGCAUCAUCACCAUCCUCCGGGUCAGGGCACCACCAGAACCCGAAUCAGCAGCAGAACCAAGCAUGCGCGGCCUGCAAAUACCAGCGGCGGAAAUGCAACCCUGAUUGCCCCCUCGCACGCUAUUUUCCGGCCGACCAGCAGCUGCGCUUCCUCAACGCGCACCGACUUUUCGGGGUCAGCAACAUCCAGCGCACGCUCAGGGAGACCCCGCCGGAGCUGCGGACUGACGCCAUGCGUGCACUAAUUUUCCAAGCCGAGGUCCGUGCCUACGACCCCGUCGGAGGCUGUUGCCGCAUGGCCAUCGACCUUCAGAGGCAGCUCGACCUCGCCCAGGCCGAGCUUUCCGCGCUUCUCCAGCAGCUCGAACUAUGCCGCCGACAGCAGCACCACGCCGUCGACGACGACGAUCAGAUGCUCCUUGUCGCCGGAGCCGGCAACGGGCAGGACGUCGUCGACGAUGUCGCCGCGGACGCGCUCUACGCUAACGGCGCCGGGGGCCAGGAGAACGUCGUCCUAGGCCAGGCCAACCUCGGCGAACAUUAUCUUCUUGAGGAACAGGGGCAGCCGGAGCCGGAGCCACAUCAGCUGUACGACUACUUCUACUACGACGGGACGGCCGGCGAUGAGACUAGCAGCCAUGCGUGGACCAACGACGUGCACGCGCACCAGCAGCAAUACGGAAACAAUGGGGGAUCUCCCGUGGAGCUCGUCGAGCAGCUGGAGCAGCACUGCCAGAUCGAGACGCAAUUUGUUGACGUGUUCGAUGUGAAAGCGGAGAGAGCAGCAGCAUCAAGCACCGCCAUUGAAUCACACAUCAACGCUGACAAUGGCAAUGCAAGCCAAUUUGAGGACCUGCACGAGAACGAGGAGAAGGCCAUGGUCUCGACGGCUGUGGUGAAAAGUGAGCUCGAUCAUCAGGUGGCGGCGGCGGCGCAGAUGGCAGAGUCGUCGGGGACGGGGUCGCACUGCCAACUGGAGCUCGGGUUCUCUUCUUCUAACGCAUGGUAG